CUCAUCCUCGUUUCCGCGGAUUGUGUACUCUUUUCUGCCCAUCAGCAUGUCCUCUCCAAAUCUACCAAUGGAUUCAACGGAUAUCUUCCCUGCCUUCCCGGAGGGACGACGUACGACGAUCCCGCCGAAAUCCCUGCGGCAUUGGUCCCAGAGACAGCCGAGAUGUUGAACGUCGUCCUCCAUGCCAUCUAUAACAUGGCCUGGACGACUCCCAUACCAUUGUUUGCAGUCGCGUCCAGUGCGGUAACGUCGCUCGUCAAGUACGGUUUCGAUGUCAAGACCGUCUUCGCGCCUUCCACCACUCUCUUCGGACUGUUCUCGAGAUCGUACGCGGCAUCCGCGCCUAUGGACGUCUACUGCUUCGCAGCGUCGCACGACCUCGCUCUCCUCGCGGUCGUGGCGUCCAGAAACCUUCUCUCUUUCCCGCUCUGCGCGUUGGACGACGCGCUCGCAGAGAAGAUGGGACCGCGCUACCUUCGCCGCCUGUUCUUUCUCCACCUCGGACGGACGGCCGCGCUGAAGCGAUUACUGGUCCCGCAGCCCGCCCAGCACCCGCCGAAUGCGGUGUGCGGCACGGCCGAACGGCAAGGACUCAACCGUGCGUGGGCGUUGGCGAGCGCCUACAUCGCCUGGGAUGCGCGUCCGAACCUUACUUCUCAAGACAUUCGAAACGUUAUGAACCCGUUGAUCAACGACCUCGUAUGCACCCAGUGCAAGCUGUCGUUCUUGGAACGCUCGCUGGCUUUGAUCGCUCAGUGGUCUGCAGUAAAGGCGACCAUUCUAGCCGAUUGAUGUCGUAACGGCGACGUCGUCCCUACAUUUGGGGCUGAAAAGAUCCUCUUGUGCAUAAACACAUAUUUCCGCGGGUUCUUGAUCGCAUUCGCGUAUUCCCCGAGUUAUACCCCAGUCGUGCGUCCGACCCCUCAGCAUUGCGAAGGACGCCGACGACCUUGCGCUCUUCGUACCUCGAAGUAUUCGUUCUGAUGGCGAGCUGGGAAUCAUCGCGGUAACUGCGUGCCACAUGUAUGCUACUAUCCAUGCCUUAGUGUUUUAUCAUUAUACUUGUCACCU